AAAGCUCCAGCGUCAACCACACCUCCGGCCUCGCAGGAGUUCAGGAGCCGGCGCUUGCUCGUCUCUGGCUGCGGCUUGGCACAGCAGAGGGGAGUUUGCAGGGCGCAUGGAGGGGCGGCCCUACGCGGAAAUCCCCGGCCGGGGGAGGAGCCGGCGGCCCGCGGAGAGCCGGGCUGGGUUGCUUUCGCUUUCGGCUCGCAGGAAAUGGCUGAGAGCGACCAAGGGGCGCGCUGCACCCAGGCGGGGGGCCGGGAGGGCGCAGGGGAGUCUCCCGGCGGCGGGGCGAGUUCCGAGCCUGGGCAGCGCGCAGGGGCCGAGCCCGGGGCGAGCUCCGAGCCUGGCCAGCGCGCAGGGACCGAGCCCGGGGCGAGCUCCGAGCCUGGCCAGCGCGCAGGGGCCGAGCCCGGGGGCUGCCCGCCGGGGAGAGGCGCUGACCCGAGCCCUGCCGAGUGGAGGGGACCCGCCCUAGUGGCCUGGUUACUCUCCUUACUUGCGAAGGGCCCCGAGGCGUCCAGCCGCAGGGACCGGCCGGCCGGGGAGCCGGACACCCCGAUGCCUCAGCUCGGCGCUAACAGUGCCCGGGGAGCAGCUGGAACGGCACAAGAGCUCCGGAAGACAGCGGAGAGGCUGCAGGCUCAGCUGGAGGCUCUGAAAGGCUCCUCGGACUCUGAGACCCUGGAAUUCCUCCAGGCACUAGAAGCGCCCGUCAGAAUCGCCAGCCGCGUGCUCACUGAGAACCAGAGGCUACGGCGGGAGUUGGAGGAGUUGAAGGGCAGGUUGGCAGCCCCACGGCCCCUGGAACCAGCCAGACAGCCUCCAGCUCCCUGGGCAUCGUCCCCCUGGGCCACCCGGAGCACAGCCUUGCCCCUGCAGGUCCGCGUGAGCGGGAAGACGGCCGGCUGCGAGAGCCAGUUCUUGGACCAGGUGGCUCAGCUCCUCGCGGCCCAGGGCAUCUCCCUACAGGCAGGGGAGUAUGCGCCGCACUCCAGCUGCCCGCUGCUGCUCUUCUGCCCGAUCUCGUCCCGCUCGGGCACAGACAUCAGCAACGCCCUGGAGGGGAUCCCCGCGGCGAGGAAGACGAUCCUGGUGGUGCUGCACCACCAGCCCAACGAGCGGGCCGAGCUCUACGCCAGCAGCAAGCGGGAGGCGCAGCACUCCGGGCUCCUGAGCACCGUGGACGGCUGCUUCUCCACCCACUCCGGCUUCUACCAGUGCCAGGCCAACGCUGCUGCCGUCGCCGCUGUGGCUGCUGUGCUCCAGCAACUGGCCGUGGGCAGGCACUAGGGGGACUUCCUGCAGGAGGCAGCGGGCUCUGCGAGCUGGGACCUGGAGUGCCUGUGGGGCUGGGCUAAGCCCUGGUGACUGCACUGCCCUGACCCGUCUAGCUGGGAUGGCAUGGGGGGGAUCCCCAGCCCUGCAGCUUAGUGGACUGUUACCUGUAGGAAUGCCCGUCUCUGGGCUGGAGCUGUUCCUACAAACCUUUGCUUCUCUUAUGCCCCCCAACUACCCUCAUGUUGGUCCAUCCCCCCCUCCUCCAUCACACUGAGGGCAGCACUUGGCAUCAGAGCUGUGCAGAUGCAUUAGUUCCUGCCCCAUUGUACAGCUACCCCCCCUCCCUGUGCUAUGGGGGGGUGCCACUCACUCCCCUGAGCUGCCCCCAGCCCGCCUGUGAACACUGAUCAGUCCCUACAGGGAUCUCAUGCGAGCCGUGUGAUGAGACAAGUUCUGGUGCUUGUGGAUUCUGUUACAGCUGCUUCCCCUCCCUGGGGUUGGGGCCUGGUGCGCUUGGAGCUGGACCUGGGGGGCAGGCAUUGGGCUGGGCACACAUCACUCCUAGCGCAGUCAGGGCCAGAGCUGCCACAGGCUGCAGCGGGAGACCAAGGGAGGCUCUGUGGCCUGGCACAUGAGUGUUGUGUUCUGCUCUGGCGAAGGUGCUGUCUUGGCGAGGGGCUGCUCCCCAGCCCUGGGCACCUCCCUGUAUUCCAGGAUACAGCCCGAGCUAGGUGCCUGGACCCUAGGGGCUGGGGGUGAGGGUGUUGUACGGCCAGAUGGGUUGCAGCGUGGGGUGGAUUUGGAUAGUUCUUGGAUUUUCCACUUGUGGGUUGACAGCCUCUGGUUGGAGCCAGCCCCAGGGGGUGUUCAGGUGGCUAUUGGUGGGAUAUUUUAGAGAGCUGUCUUAACCAGCCCUCUGCACACACACCCCCUGCAAGCAGGGCUGCUAUGGUGCCCAUGAAUAUGCUACCUCAGGGCUUCUCCUUUGUCCUACCCUGGGGCUCCUAGCCUCUAGGGCCAAGCUAGGGCCCACGUCUGAUGCUGCUGCUUGGGGUUCGUGGAGCUGCGCCAUUAGUUCUGGUAUGGCAGGCUUGUGCUUUUCAAAUGCACAGGUCCCCUGCUGGGUUCCUGUCUGCGACCCACCUACAGGGAGUGCUGUAUGUGGAAGAUGUGGUAGAUCUGGGCUGAAAGCGUGGGCCAUAUGUUGGAGUAAUGACUAUACAGAUAUGGACCGGGGGGUUGGAAUGCCCUCUAGAGCCCACCUCACCUGCGGCCUCCUUCAUACACUACAGAAUCACCAUGUUUCCCUCACGCACCUGCUCCUUCUCCCUUUUUGGAGCCAAUAAACUACACCAAGCCAGGCUGGUUUCUCCA